AUGAGCCAACGUAGUAAAAUGUUAGUUCAACUAGCUCAAAAUAAUUUAAAGGAUGUAUAUGAAUUUCAUAAUUCAGAAGAUGAAAAUAAUACAGGCUCUUUGACGACUGAGAUAUUAAAUAAAUUACCAAUCGAAGAUCAGGAAACCAAAGUGUAUCAUUAUCUAAAAAAUGUUCAAUUGGGAGCUCCUGGUCAAAAAACCAAUAAUGCGAAUUCUAAAGAAGGUCAAGAACAGAGCCUUAGUGUACAAAUCCCGUUACAGUUAUGUGAAAGUGAAGAAUUUUGCUCUGAAAAACAAAUAUUAGGAGAAUAUCAAAACUUUAGUUUGCAAAAUAAUAAUUUAAAUAUGCCUAAAAUCAAAGUUCUACAAAAUAUACCAAUUACAAAAUGUUUAGAAAGAUCAAGCGAAAUACCUAUUGAUCUUUUUCAAGGUGACAAUACUCAGAUAUUAAAAGCAAAAUUUAGUAUUAAAACAGACUAUUCUCCAAAUAUAAAGAGUCCAGCUUUUAUAGAUAAUAAUAAUAAAACCGACACAUCAAGUAGCAUUUUUAGUGAUGCUACAGAAAGUAGUUACUAUCCUGAUUCAUUUGCAUCCAGUUAUUCUCCUCAGGAAAAAUUGUCGAAAGUAGGUACUCCGAAAAAUGAAGACAUUUUUUUGAAGACAAUAGUUGAAACAAAGAAAGAAUUAAGUAUACCUGAAACUGCCUGUUUGCCUUUACAAAAUAAUUUUAAUAAAAAAUAUUGCAAUAACGGAAAAGCAUUUUGUCCAUUUUGUUAUGAAGAAGUAGGUCAUUUUGCGCGCCACCUCUUGAGAAAACAUUUGGAAGAGGAAGCUGUUAAAGCUAUUUCCAAAUUACCAGCGCAAAGUAUGGAUAGAAGGCUAUCAAUUUUGUCUUUAAGAAAAAGGGGAAAUUUUAUAAUAAACCAAGAAACAGACAAAAACUUUAAGCCAGUGAGGAAUCCAGAAAAAAAUUUGAACAGAAAUAAAGAAAAUAACUUUGAUCGUAAAAAUUACGUUCCAUGUGUUUAUUGCUUAGGUUAUUACAAAAAAAGUUAUCUCUGGAGACAUAAGAAACAAUACAAAUCUAAAAAUGAAUGUGUUGAGACAAAUUCAAAAAUUCAACAUUUAAGUGAUGCUCAAACUUUCUUGAUAUGUACUGGUUUAUUAGGAAACUUUUUGGAAAAAAGUCGGCUAAAACAGGAAGUUUUAAAUAUAAUGAGACCGGAUGAUAUUAGUUUUACAGCUAAGCAGGAUCCGUUAAUAUGUUUUUAUGGAGAAUCCUUAUUAAAUAAACAUAAGAGAAAGCAAAUGAAUGUAGUGGUUUCUUCUAAGAUGCGCGAAAUGGGAAGAUUUAAACUUGCCUUGCAAAAAUCAGGCACAAUAUCUACGCUAAUAGAGGCAUUGAAACCGGAAAUGUACAAUCACAUUGUUGCCGCAGCUAAACUUAUAUCUGGUUAUAACCCACUUAACAAAACUUUUAAAUCAUCUUCUCUGGCUCUUCACUUAGGAACAAGUCUAAAAUUUUUAUGUGAUGUUGCCAGAAAAGCUAUAGUAGUUAAAGAGCCUUUGUUUUUAAUAGAAGAUACUGCAUUACGGACAGAAAAGCAAAAAGAAAUAUUAGAACUUCGUGAAAUGAUUGCAACUCACUGGUGUAAUGAUAUAUCUAGUUUAGCCAAUAAGGUAUUGAACCAAGCAAAGUGGGAAAAACCAAAGUUACUACCCGUAACAGAAGAUAUAAUUAUAUUUAAAAAUUACGUAAUGGCAAUUGCAAAUAAGUCAUACCAGAACCUUGUGGAAAAUUCUAAUAGUAUACAAAACUUCAAGUUAUUAGCGGAAUGUACUUUAUGUAUAGUACUGGUGUUUAAUAGGAAAAGGGUGGGAGAAGUUCAGUAUUUAAGUAUUGAAAGUUACGAAAGAAACGUCUCAUCUGCAAUUCAAGAAGAAAGCCAAAAAGCUCUUUCAGAGUUUGAAAAGACAAUGUGCUCCUAUUUUAAAAGAGUGGUUGUGUCUGGAAAAGGAAGUAAACCGGUCCCAAUAUUGUUAACAAAACAGAUGCAAACUUUUAUUGAUCUUCUGCUUAAAAUACGGAGGACAACAGAAAUCAUUCCAAAAACGAAUAAAUAUGUUUUUGCUUAUCCUGGCUCAAACGAUAGAUGGAUAAGUGCUGCACCUCUUUUAAGAAAAUUUUCACAGAAAUGUGGUGCAAAAAAUCCAGAACUGUUAACAAGUACCAGGUUCCGAAAACAAAUAGCAACCAUUUUACAGUUAACCAGUUUUGAAAAUGAUGAAAUGGAUCAAAUUGCUCGAUUUAUGGGCCACACCCAAAAAACCCAUUUAGAAUUUUAUAGGUUAACAGAAGACGUAUAUCAAACAGCUAAAGUGGCAAAAGUUCUUUUACUUUUGAAUGCUGGAAAAGGAAGCGAGCUUAAGGGAAAGAAUUUAAAAGAAAUAGAAAUUACAAAAGAUAUUUUACUUUUGGAAGAAAAUAAAGAAAACGAUUUAAACAAUAAAAAUAAACAAAAUACUGAAAACGAGGUCGAAGCAGAAGUGAUAAAUGUAGAUAAAUCUAAUCAAACGGGUAAAAUUUAUGAAAUAAAAAAAAAAUUACAAAAAUGUUACAAACGACAAAGGGAGAAUACUGACCUUAUUACUGAGAAUGAGCCUUUGCAUAAAAAAAUAUCUCGCGAAAAAUGGACAGAAAAAAACAAAAAACUUGUGUUAACUUUUUUUGCUACACAUGUAAUAAACAAAAAGGCGCCAAAAAAACAGGAAUGUAUGGCUUUCAUAAAUUUAAAUUUAAAUUUAUUUGAAGAAAAGGACUGGAUCAGAAUUAAAACUUUAGUUUAUAACACCUAUCGUUUAAAAUAA